AUGUCAGACUUUGAUCAAUUCGACUCCAAGAACCACGACCUAGAUCCUCAACUGGAGAAAGAACCGGAGAAGGAGAAAGGAGGCAACGACACAGCACAAGGAGGCCGCAAAAAAGAAAAAAUGUCGGGAGAAAACUCGUCAGGUUCAGGUUCAGGUUCAGGUUCAGGACCAACAGGCGCAGUUGACUCGGUUGCCAACACUGCAGGAAAUACAGUCAGCCAGCCGACGGACCAAGUGAGUCAGGCGACUCAAGGGCUGCAAAAAACCAUCACAGGGUUGACCAAAGGAGACACCGAAGAUAUGGCUGGAUCGUUGAAAAUCCACGUCAAGUUAGCCCUUGAGGUCGACAUUCGCAUCAUUGCCAGGCUAAAGGGUGACAUUGCCAUUGGGAUUUUGUGA